UAUCGUUCGGCCAUCUUUGAUUCAUUUAACUGUUUCCGGCGGAAAUGCUAAAUGCAUGGUGGUGAACUAGCCUAGCCCGAUCCAAUGAAUUGAAGGAUAGCAGAUAGUUACAUAUUGUGAUGAGAGUGGCAAGCAUCUGGGAGAUAUUUUUAAACAGGAAGUACUACCUGACACCACCGUUUAUCUGCCCUCUCAAACCCCAGAAACACAGAUGUCAAGAAGAAGUGGUUGAGAUGACAUUCCUUUAGCCUCUGCAACUCCAGUGGGGAGGAUCUUGGAAUUGUCGGCAGGACAUUACUCUGGACCCUAUGCCCAUACUGGAGCAUCAAUGAACGAGGAAAGGGCUCAGAACCAGGUCCCAGCCAGUGAGACUGUGGAGAAAGAUGAGGGGGAAACCACCACAGAGAACAUCAGCAAGCCUGAAGCAGAAAACCCUUCUGUGGAAGUCCCUGCUGUUACUGAUGCCACUGAACAAAACCUCAGCUCAAGCCCCGUUUUUGUGGGAGAAACUGGAACAAGAGUCGAAGAGGAGACAAAAACGGUUGAGACUGAGCCACCAGUGGACUGGUUUGAGCCGCUCGAAGAUGAUGAUGCCCAUAGUUUUGGUGGCAAUGAUCCAGAGGAAGAGAGCUUGGCAGGAGAAAGUGAGAGGAGUGAGAGUGUUGCAGGCAGCGAGAAGAUCAGGAAAAAGAUGUUUCAGCUUCAAGCCCCUCGCCGUAGGCGAACGCAUCCGGAUGAGGGAUGGGUGGAGUGGCCGGCACUCGGGGAGGGUUGGAAACGCAAAGAGGUUGUCCGACGCUCUGGCUCCAGCAUUGGCCAGAAAGACGUUUACUACAUGAGUCCACGGGGAGAUCGAGUAAGAAGCAGAGUAGAACUGGCCUCGGUGCUCCCAAUUGACUUGACACAUUUUGAAUUCAAGACGGGCAAAUUCUUCGAGGGAGAAGGGCAACCAAUUAGAAUCCGGAAUAGAGUGAAAAAACCACGGGAGCGUUCCUCUUCAGAGUCGAGCUGGUUAGACAGGGAGGGGGCGGACACUCCUGACUCCUUUCACAGACUCACCCCGAGCACCAUGCCUAAACAGCAGAACAGUUUUUUGCUCAACAGCUCCACAGGAAUCUUAAAACAGAGUUCUCGCACUGACUUUGGGAGGACAGAGGAUAAAAUCCGACUCCCUUUCCCCACAUCAUCACGACCGCUUCCUUCAAUAAAAGGAGAGUUUGGGUCUGAAGACAGCAUUCUGGUCUGUGCCAAGUGUGGUAUUUCCUUCACAGGUACAUGGUAUGACAAACAGAGGAAGAGGCCCUGCUGUCCCACCUGCUGGGCAUCAAAGACAAAAGAGCAUCCAAUGAUUCGUUUCAGGAAGUGGAUUCCCUGUGGUCAGUGUGUGGGCUGUCACAACACUAUCAACUGUGGGCAGUGUGCUAACUGCAAGCAUGGACUGCAGAGCCCCGAGUCCAGGAAGCGCAUAUGCAGGAAACGCAGAUGCAUUUGUCCUAUUCGCAAGAGCCCAGCAAGGAGGAACGUCCAGCAGCCUUACAUCACAGCUUCAGACAUGUGUGACGACAGCUCCAGUUUCCAGAAUGAAGUUGGAGAUUCACAGCACCCAAGUUUGAAAAGCAGCGACACAGAGAACCUCUCAAUGAAUGUGGACAUUGAUGACGAUGACAUGUCAACAGAUGAUGAUGAAGAUUGGCACAGAAAGCGGAAGCGACGUUCCUGUGGCGAAUGCAAGGCCUGCCUUUGCAGGAAAGACUGCGGCACAUGCGAUUUCUGCAUCGACAAACCCAAGUUUGGAGGCAGCAACAAGAAGAGGCAAAAGUGCCGUCUACGGCAGUGUCAGCGGCAGGCGAUGAGACAUUUGUUGCCCUAUCAGAUGGGAAUAGGUGAGUAUGGAUCAGACGGACCUUUGCUGGCGGGCCGCUCCAGACCUCACUACACGUACAGUCGGAAGUCCAACUUUAAUUCAUACAAGGGAUCACAGAGUGGAUUUGAUUUGAGUGACAAUGAGGACGAAGACAACAAUUUACAACCUAAGAGUUGGACCGUUGAGCCAGGCAAAGGGCCCAGACACUCGUUUGACAUGAAUAUCAGAAACCCCCAGUUGUCUAUGCAGAUAAACUUCUCAGAUUUGGGAUUGCAGAAUGGACUUCCAGACAGAGUUCCUCAUAUCAGCAACCAUAACUAUGCUCAAACUCUCCCACAAACCCACUGGGAUACAGAGAUGUCACUCCCAAGAAAAGGUCAGCUUGAAGAUGAGGAUGAUGAGGAGGAAGAAGAAGAUGAUGAGGAGGAGGAGGACGACGAUGAUGACGAGGAGGAAGAGUUGCCUAUGAUCACACAGAUUUUCAGUUUAGCUGAAAACUCCGGUGGGAGUGGAGCAGACUCGGAGAACCAGCUAGUCAAACUCCUGCACUCCCUGCGAUCGUCUGUAUUGCCAAUAUUAUGGUACGCUAUAAUAGUAGAGGGCCCGCAGCUGCAGCUCAUCCAGUGCUCGAGGCAGUCCAACAUGGCCGACACCGUCGUGGUGAUCGACCCCGGCUUCUGUUACCAGGUCACCGUCCAAAAGCAGCCUCUGCUCCCCACCCACCCGCUGUACGACAGCUUUCCGGCUCGCAUGACCUCCGUGACUGAAGUGGUGAGCCUGCUGUUGGGUCUGGAGAAGUACACCGUGUGCCAUGGAAUCCCCUCUCGAGAAGCAUUACCUCACAACGGCCCCGUCAUUCUGGAGCGCGCAUCAACCUGCGAUUUCCUGGUAAAGAAGAAUGAAGAUGUGUGUGAGAACUGCAGAUUUCUUUGUCGAUUUUCAACUCAAUGAGGUGUCACUACAGGUUUUUCCGGGGCAAUCUUGUGCCAUUUUUGUUUUUUCUAAGGAGCUUAAAGACAUUUCACAGACUUACCUCACUGUUGAUCUGAGGAACCACCAAAGGCAUUCCAGGGGUUGUACGGAUAUACCCAGCCUUGUUUUGUUCCCGCCUUCCCCUUAUUAAUCUUCAUGUAGGUAGUUUCUACGAGACAGCUUGAUCUUUUUUCCAACCUGAAGAUUGUCCCUUGUUCUCUGGUGACUCCCCAAACAAAUUUUGUGGCUCUCAGUUUUUGUUUUGUAGCACUUAAAUAAAGGUUAAGUCAACCCACUUGUGUUUUCACCAGCUGCAUCGAUCCAAUCGGCUGUUUAAAACAAAGGGUAAAAACGAUUAAGUUUAGACUUGUUGCUUAUCAACGUCCUUUUCUUUUUUAAUGCUGUUACUUGCCCAACUUUCUAAAUUAUUCAGCUGUUUUUUUUUUUUUUAAAGACAGUCAAAUUUAUAAUAUUAAAAAUCCAUAAAUUAGCAGCUCUCAAAAUUAAACAUCUCAUUGUAACCAUUGCUGACAGUCCUAUAAGAAUAAUGUGAUAUACUUGAAAUACAAAUGAAUUGAUAAAAGUGUAGCUGCUAGGUUAAAAGAAAAAAGAUUCAAUUGACUUGGUUUUUAUAUCCUUCUUUAUUUAAACAUCUAUAAAUAAUUAAUUCCCAGAGAUGAUAAUCUGGGAGACACUAAUCAUUUUCUUGUGUUUCCUGCGACUGUCAGACUUCCCUAAAUGUCAGAGUGGAGAUGAGGGUUUUCCUGAAUCUUCAAGUGAAAAUGCUGUUCUAGUUAGAAGUAUCACAUCGAUGCUACUUUUUGACUUCAAUGUGUCACUAUGACCCCCACCCACCUCCCUUUUUUGGGGAGGGGAUGUCCAUGGAGAAACUCAGUGAUAUUUCUUUUUAUUGUGACAUCUUGAGCAAUAUGCGUAUAAUCAGAUUUUUUUAAUUCUAAUUUAAGUGUUUGUGUAAGGUUUAAGGGUAAAGCAUUGUCAUUUUUGGAAUUAAAGCUUAUUUGAUGGUUUGGCUCAGUU